AAAUCACACAGAGCAUUGCAAUACCGUUUGGUGUACAUGGUUAUGACUUUAAACAGCAGAAGGAGGUGGUGUUUCAUUUCAAAAUAUGAUGCCAGAUGGAUAGUUUUCCUCACCAUAUUAUAUGUAUGGUGCAUUGUUUGUGGAGGUACAUCCUCCAUAACUACAACUUCACCAACAACACCAGUUUCAACAGCCAAUGAAGUUUGUGUAAUAAAAACUAAAGCAUCUAUUACCACUUCUAUGACCACCAAACAAAAUACAUGUACAGCUGUGACUUUCACAACUACAUCUCCUACAACUACUGAUUCAACAUCAAUGGUAUCUUCAAGAACAACUGAGGCUUCUACAGAAAAUGCACCUUCAACAACAGCUACAGGUCAAACAGCAGUGUCAUCUUUGAUGACAACAGAAACUGAAGCUUCCACAACCGUAGAUGUGACCCCCAAAAUCAUGCCUGUGUUCUCAGCAACUACAGAUGCUGCUGCACCAACAACAACACCCUCUUCAACAACAAUGUAUGAAUAUUCUACAACUACAGCUGAAACCCCCACAACCACACUCAUAUCCUCGCCAAGUACAACUGCACCUUCAACAGCAACAAAUGCUGCUCCAACUGCAACAGCACAAUCUUCAACAACUGCAGCUGUGAACCCCACAACCAUGCCUGUAUUCUCUGCACCUCCAGCAACAGAAAAUGUUGCUCCAACAAUAACUCCACUGUCUUUGACAACUGAAGCUUCUACUACCACAGAUGUGAACCCCCAAACCACUUUUAUAUCCUCAGCAACUGCACCUACAACAACAAUAAAUGCUGCAACAGCACAAUCUUUGACUACUGAAGGUUAUACAACAACAGCUGUGAGCUCUACAACCACUCAUAUAUCUUCAGAAUCUACAACAACAGCAAAAGCUGCUCCAACAACACCAUUGUCAACAACAAAUGAAGCUUUAACAACCACAGCAGUGAACCCCACAACCACGUCUGUAUUCUCAGUACCUACAGUAACAGAAAAUGCUGCUCCAACAGAGACACCAUCUUCAACAAUAGAAAAUGAAACUUAUACAACCACAGCUGUGACCUCCACAACCACACUCAUAUCCUCACCAACUACAACUGCACCUUCUACAGCAACAAAUGCUGCUCCAACUGCAACAGCACAAUCUUCAACAACUGAAGCUUCAACAACCGCAGCUGUGAAUCCCACAACCAUGCCUGUAUUCUCUGCACCUCCAGCAACAGAAAAUGUUACUCCAACAACUCCACUGUCUUUGACAACUGAAGCUUCUACUAGCACAGCUGUGAACCCCACAACCACUCUUGUAUCCUCAGCAAUUGCACCUACAACAACUACAAAUGCUGCUCCAACACCAUUUUCAACCACUGAAGGUUAUACAACUACAGCUGUGAGCCCCACAACCACUCUUAUAUCCUCACCGACUACAACUGCACUCUCAACAGCAACAAAUGCUGCUCCAACUGCAACAACACAAUCUUCGACAACCGAGGCUUCUACUACCCAAGCUGUGAACCCCACAACCACUCUUAUAUCCUCAGCAACUGCUCCUUCAACAACAUCAAAUGCUGCUCCAUCAUCAUCUUCAACCACUGAAGAUUAUACAACCACAGCUGUGAGCCCCACAUCCACUCAGAUAUCAUCAGAAACUACAACAACAGCAAAAGCUGCUCCAACAACACAAUUGUCAACAACAAAGGAAACUUUAACAACCAAAACAGUGAACCCCACAACCAUGCCUGUGUUCCCAGCACCUACAACUGCACCUCCAGCAACAGAAAAUGUUACUCCAGGAACAACAGCACAGUCUUCAACAAAUGAAGUUUCUACAACCACAGCUGUGAAUCCGACAACCAUGCCUGUAUUUCCAGAACCCCCAACAAAUGCUGCAUUACCAACAAUAGCAGUAACUUCAACAACUGACGCUUCUACAAUAACAGCUGUGAACCCCAUAUCCAUGCCUUUCUCCUCAGGAAAUACAAGUGCACCUCUAACAACAACAAGUUCUGCUCCAACACCAACUUCAAUCACUAAAGGUUAUACAACCACAGCUGUGACACCCACAACCUUGAGUGUUUUCUCAGGACCUACAAUUGCACCUCCAGCAACAGAAAAUGCUGUUCGUACCACAACACUUCCUUCAAUAUCUUCAACUUCUUCACUUUUAUCACCAAGCACAACAUCCAUAUCUCCAACCACAAUACCACUUUUCACAACAACCAGAACUGCUGCAGCAACAACAUUUGUCACACCCACAACCAUGCCAAUGUUCUCAGAAUUUACUAAAUCAUUUUUAACAACCACAUCUUUGCUAAAUGCAACUACAAAUGCAGUGACUCCAACUCGACUUUCAGAAACACAAAACCCAGCUCCAACUGCAUUUGUAUCUCAAAGCACAAAAACUGUGUCAUUAGCAACCACUGAAACGGCUGCACCAACAAUUAUAAUUGUAACUCAAGAAACCACUAUGCCAUUGUCAAUGUCAGCAGCUGGUGCUCCCCCAACUAAAAGUGUGACUCCACUGUCUAUAUAUGGAGCUACCACAAGUAUGCCUAUAACCUCAGCUGCUACAAUUGCAUCAGCUCAAACAACAGCAGUGGUGGCAAGCAAACUGCUAUUCAACUCAUCGUCUCCAGUCCCCAGUGAAUCUCUGGUCCUCAGUGCUAUCAACACUCUCCUGAAAUCCAGAGAGUCACAAAUUAAUGAAUCAGUGAAGGUGGUGAAUGUAAUCUAUAAACAAAUCUCGGAAACCUCCUAUGUUGUGGUCUUUACAUUUAACCUGGUUAAUAUCAGCAUGCCAGAGGACCCUGAUCUCAGAGGUGACACCUACCAGCAAGUGCAAUAUACCAUCAAUAAUGCGCUGAACACUCUUCUGAAUGAACCUGGCAGUCCAACUUUACAACCCAAGACCUCAAACUUCACGAGCGCUUCAAAGCAGAUUGAUGGCAGGAUGGAAUACACCUUCCAGGACGGACAGCUAAAAGUCAGCUGA